ACGCAAUAAUAAGAAAAUCCAGAAAUACAAUAACGCUACAAAUUUAUUACCAAUCACAUACUUUCUCGUUUCUUCGUUUUUCCCAGGCUAGUCACCGUCUUCUAUAAAGCAUCUCGCCGGACCAACAAGCACGGUGGCGUCAGCGGCGGUGGAUGGCAAGAUCGAAUAAAUAUGCGUCCCUCAAUUUCAACGACAUCUACGACAAGAAAAACAACAACCCCACCAAAACCCUAAACAACAACACCACCACCGGCCCAAGCCCAUCUCUCAACAAAACCAAGAUCACUAAUUCCCGUAUCCAUGGCAACAUGCUUGUUCUGACCCGUCCCACACCAAAGCCCAUCUCAGCCCAAACCCAAGCCCACACACAGACGCCACCGCCUCAGCAGCCUAAAACUACAGCAGCGCCGGUGAACCCGGAUCCGACCCGAUUGGUGGAGAAUUCGGACUCUAUUUCUCUGCGGCCGCUUGGGAGCACAGGUGGAUCUGUUGGUGUUUCGAGGUUACCGUUACCUAGGGAUUCGUGCUUUGUAUCGGGGAAGGUUGAGAAGUUUGUGCCGCCGCAUCUGAGGCCGGGGUAUAUUUGUAAGGAGGAGAAGCCGGUGUCGCCGGGGAAGAGUAGGCAGAGGCAAUUGGGGGAGGAAGGGAGUAGGCCGAAAUCUGGUGGGGGUGGGGGGUAUGAUAGGAUGAAGAGAGGGAGUGCUGGUCCUGAUUUCGUGUUUCGUCCGGGUUCGAGUGGUUAUACCAGGCCUAAUUCCAGUGGAUGAUCGUCGUUGUAGGUUUCGGUUUCUUAAAGUUGAGCCCCAUUUCCAGGAACGAGGUUAUAAAAACUUGGUUUUGUGAAAUUGAUAUUUACUUUGAGCUGCUACAAUAUCAAUACCUGAAUUUUUAUUGAGGAACUUUAGUGUAGCUUUUACAUUCUGUGGAAGCGGAAAACUGACAGUUGGGUUGCUCUUUGCUCUACUACAAAAACCCCAGAUGACAAAUCAUUUGUUAAAGUGGUGUUAUAGAAGAGUACACUGUAGAGGAGCCUUAAAAUGCUCAAUGGAUGGGUUUGUUGGUUAUUGUAAGACAAAAAUAAUAAGGAACAAACAGUAUGUUGACAAAAUGUAUGAUCUUGAUUUUCUUAAUGUAUUGCUCACAAGUAUUACAAAUGGACUUAGUUUAGUGGUU